AUGACAUGCCUCCAAUGCCUCAAGGACGCUCUCUUUCCCGACGGCCUGCCACCCUUCCUCGUCUGCAAGAUCUUCGCGGACCUCAUCAACACACACAACAUGGACCUCGAACCGAACAACAUCUGCCACGCAGAUCUCAGCGCAACCAACAUCCUCCUAUCACCUACAAUGGAGCAGGAGUUGCCUCAAGUACAGAUUGUGCACCUCGAGGAUGUUGCUGUGUGGGACGAGCAAGCCGUUGUCAAGCAGAUCAUGAAUCUGCUUCAAUAUCUCACAAACUGCGAAUCACGCAUCCCAGACGAGUUCCGCACCACCAAGAAAGGAGAGAAGCUCAAGGAUAGCAAGGGAAGGAGUUUGAGGGAUGGAGACAGAUUGUACUCGUUCGUUGCGGGUUACGACCCACAGGGACAACUGUCGUGGAAAGACCUCAAGAGGAGGUGGAGGAAUCUGGCGGAUUGCUCGGCGAAGGAGCUAUACGACAAGGGGAGAUCGGCGGAUGUCAGGGAGGCGCUUUGGAAUGGAAAGGGUGCGGAUGAGGAGUAG